AUGGAGAGAAGCUCAGGCCCCGCCCGCUUCUCGCCCCACGGACCCCCUCCCAGCCUAGGCCUCUUCUCCAGCCACGCCCCUGGUUUCUCUACCCCGCCCCGGCCUCGCUCAGGCCCCGCCCACCUCCUGGGGGACCGCCCAGGCCUGGCCUCUGUCCUGCGCUCGUUGACACAGACCCGGAAGCGGAUGGCGUGGACUGGAGGUGACGCCGCAGCGCCUGCUCAGAGGACUCUGUACAGAGACGUGAUGCUGGAGAAUUACAGGAACCUGGUCUCCCUGGAUAUCUCUUCCAAAUGCAUGAUGAAUACAUUGUCGUCAACAGGGCAAGGCAAUACAGAGGUGCUCCACACAGGGACAUUGCAAAGACAAGCAAGUUAUCACAUUGGAGCAUUGUGCUCCCGGGAAAUUGAGAAAGACAUUCAUGACUUUGUGUUUCAGUGGCGAGAAGAUGAAACAAAUGAUCAUGAAGCACCCAUGACAGAAAUAAAAAAGUUGACAGGUAGUACAGACCAAUAUGAUCAAAGGCUUGCUGGAACCAAGCCUGUUAAAGAUCAGCUUGGAUCAAGCUUUCAUUUGCAUCUGCGAAGACAUAGGAGAAUUCAUACUGGAGAGAAACCUUACAAAUGUGAAGAAUGUGAGAAAGUUUUCAGUGGCAAAUCACAUCUUGAAAUACACAGGAGAAUUCAUAGUGGAGAGAAACCAUACAAAUGUAAGGUUUGUGACAAGACUUUUAAGCAUGAUUCACACCUGGCACAACAUACUAGAAUUCAUAGGGGAGACAAACAUUACACAUGUAAUGAAUGUGGCAAGGUUUUUGAUCAAAAAGCAACCCUUGCAUGUCAUCAUAGAAGUCAUACUGGAGAGAAACCUUACAAGUGUAAUGAGUGUGGCAAGACCUUCAGUCAGACGUCACACCUUGUAUACCAUCAUAGACUGCAUACUGGAGAGAAACCUUACAAGUGUAAUGAGUGUGGCAAGACCUUUGCUCGAAAUUCAGUCCUUGUGAUUCAUAAGGCAGUUCAUACUGCAGAGAAACCUUAUAAGUGUAAUGAAUGUGGUAAGGUUUUUAAGCAACGAGCAACUCUUGUAGGACAUCGUAGAGUUCAUACUGGAGAGAGACCUUACAGAUGUGAAGACUGCGACAAACUUUUCAGUCGCAAAUCACAUCUUGAAAGACAUAGGAGGAUUCAUACUGGAGAGAAACCAUACAAAUGUAAGGUUUGUGACAAGGCUUUCCGGAGUGAUUCACGCCUUGCAGAACAUCAGAGAGUUCAUACUGGAGAGAGACCUUACACAUGUAAUGAAUGUGGGAAGGUUUUUAGUACAAAAGCAUACCUUGCAUGUCAUCAAAAACUGCAUACUGGAGAGAAACUUUACAAAUGUGAAGAAUGUGACAAAGUUUACAUUCGCAAAUCACACCUUGAAAGACACAGGAGGAUUCAUACUGGACAGAAACCUCACAAGUGUGAUAAGUGUGGCAAAGCCUUUAAUUCACCUUCACACCUCAUUAGGCAUCAGAGAAUCCAUACUGGACAGAAAUCUUACAAAUGUCGUCAGUGUGGCAAGGUCUUCAGUCUGAGGUCACUCCUUGCAGAACAUCAGAAAAUUCCUUUUGGAGACAAUUGUUUCAAAUGCAAUGAAUACUGCAAACUGUCAAGCAUUAAUUGACAUUAGAGUCAAAUCAGCCUUGACCUGAGUUUGAGUUGACUUAACAUUGAGUUCAAGCAUUAAUUGACAUUAAACUGUUUAUGUUAAGAGAAUUGGGCCAGGCACGGUGGCUCACACCUGUAAUCCCAGCACUUUGAGAGACCAAGACAGGUAGGUCACUUGAGGUCGUGAAUUUGAGACCAGCCUGGCCAACAGAUGGGAGCCACUUUUCCCAGCCUGAAUGUUCUUUUAUUUAUUCUUUUAAGGUGGAGUCUUGCUCUGUUGCCCAUGUUGGAGUACAGUGAUGUGAUCUCGGCUCCCUGCAACCUCCACCUCCCAGGUUCAUGCGAUUCUCCUGCCUCAGUUUCCCAAGUAGCUGGGACUACAGGCUCCUGCCACCAUGCCUGGGUAGUUUUUUGUAUUUUUAGUAGAGAUGGGUUUCACCAUGUUAGCCAGGAUGGUCUCGAUCUUCUGACCUUAUGAUCUGCCCGCCUCCACCUACCAAAGUGCUGAGAUUACAGGUGUGAGCCACUGUGCCUGGCCUGUUUUUUGUUUCUUUAACAAAAAUUUGUAGAAAGUAUUGUGUUGAAUCUAAAUCACAUUUGGUUAUAUAAUCAUUUAGCAAUAUUAUUCCAUUCAAUAUGGCUUGUAUCUCUAUUUAUACAUGUUUUUAAUCAUUUUGAUCAAUGUUUGUAGAUUUCAAGGUAGAAAUUUCUCACCUUUUUUAUGUUUAUUCCUAAGUAUUUCUCACUUUAAGUUCUUUAGCAAUUGAAAGUGUUUUUUAGUUUUCUUUUAAAAUUGUUUAUUGUUAAUGUAUGGAGAUUCAACUAGUUUUUGCUGCUGUUAUUCUGUUCUGCAAAUCCACUGCAUAUGUUUAUUAGUUCCAGUUGCAUUUUGGUUGACUCUGUGAUUUUCUACACAGAAGAUCAUGUCAUCUACAAACUAUUAUAAUUUUACUUCUUUCUUUCUGAUUUGGAUGAGUUUGAUUUCUUUUGCUAUUUCAUUGCUCUGGCUAGGACAGCCAGUAUUGAUUGAAUAGAAGGGGUGAGAGCAUUCUUGCAUCAUGUGAGAUCCUACAGGAAAAGCAUUACAUGUUCCCUGAUUGGUUAUUUCCACUGUGGUUGUUUCAUGCAUGGUCUUUCUAUUGUUGAGGUAAAUGUUCUUCUGUAUCUAUUUUGUUUAGGAUUUCCAUGAUGACUGGAUGUUGAAUUUUGUGAAAUGCUUUCUCUCCGUCUACUGAGAUGAUUUGAUUUUCAUCUUUCAUUCUGUUCAAGUGGUAUAUCACAUUGAUUUGCCUGAAUAUGUUGAACCAUCCUUGCAUCUCAAAAAUAAGUGGCACUUGAAUAUCUACAAUCCUUUUUAUAUCCUCUUGAAUACAGUUUGCUAGUACAAGGGGUCUUCAGGAAGCUCAUGGAAAAAUACAUAUUAUGAGAAAAUUGUGCAUGAUGUCACAUUUUUUGCACCAAAAUAAACUGGUACAAAUCUGUUAUAACAUGUCUGAACAGGCUGUAGUUUGAGGAACUCACAUGGGUAACACAUGAGUUUGAAAAGAGACUCAUUCAAAGCAAUGUAAAUUCUGCUAAAGUUGAAACAAGAAAUACCAAAUUUACAAUGAGACCAGAUGCAGUGGGCUCAGGCCUGUAAUACCAGCACUUUUAGAGGCCGAGACAGAUGGGUCACAUGAGCCCCUGGUACUCAAGACCAGCCUGGACAGAAUGGUGAAACCCCCUUCUCUACAAAAAAUACAUGAAUUAGCUGGGCAUGGUGGCAUGUGCCUGCUGUUUCAGCUUCUGUGGAGACUGCAGUGGGAGGAUGGCUUGAGCCUGGGAGGUCGAGGCUGCAGGGAGCCAUGAUCAUGCCACUGUACUCCAACGUGGAUGACAGAGACAGAUAGUGUAUCAAAAAAUGAAUUUGGUAAAGUUUGCGUAGAGGGACAAGGAAAUCAUGCUUUAUGAAAGAUUAUGGGGACGAUGCCCGAAAGAAAUCACCGGUUUGUAAAUGGAUAAGUCUUUUUAAGUUGGGAAAAGACAGUGUUGAAAGUGAUGCACAGGCCAGGCGCGGUGGCUCACGCCUGUAAUCCCAGCACUUUGGGAGGCUGAGGCAGGCUGAUCAUGAGGUCAGGAGAUCGAGACCAUCUUGGCUAACACGGUGAAACCCCGUCUCUACUAAAAAUACAAAAAAUUAGCCAGGCAUGGUGGUGGGCUCCUGUAGUCCCAGCUACUACUCGGGAGGCUGAGGUAGGAGAAUGGCGUGAACCUGGGAGGCGGAGCUUGCAGUGAGUCAAGAUUGCACCACUGCACUCCAGCCUGAGCGACAGAGCAAGACUCCAUCUCAAAAAAAAAAAAAGAGAGAAAGUGAUGCACAGAGUGGCAGACAGACCAUCCACAUCAGUUUUGUAGGUACAACUGUCAAAGAAGACACUGGAGAAGAGCCAAGCUGGGUCUAUAAGGAAUUGCACAUAAGAUGGCACACAUAUGUAUGCUGUCUGAGGAUCCAGUCACGUUACCAUAUCAAGCUGAAAAUGUCACCACUAUUUAGAGAGCUGGACGUGUUUUAUUGAGAAUGAAUUUUUUCUCUCUGGAUCUGUUAUGAGCACCUUGGUUGGAUGGGUUCAGUAAUAAAUAUGUGAGACUUUUCAUUUUAAAAAAGUCAAAUUACUUAAUUCUGUAUUUUAAAUUCUGUUUCGUUUUUUUGAGAUGGACUGUUCUGAAAAUUUUCUCAUCUUCUCUAACCCGGUUCAUGACAGACCCUUGGACUUUACCGUUAUGGAAAAAUCUGUAUAAAACAGUAUCAGUGUGUGAAAGCAUUAUGGCUGUCACAAGCUUGUGGAAGGAAAAUCAAAAUUAAGCCAAA